UGCUUCAAUCCUACUUUUCAAAGGCAUUUAACGGUAAAUUCAAGAGUGAAAUCUAGAAAAAAAUUUCAUGAAGUUAAGUACCUUUUAGUUAAGGAUGUGGAAUAUAUCCUUAUUUUAAAUGACAACCCCAAAGCGAUUCAACUUUUCUCAAACGUUUUGUCUUCAUUAUACUCAAAGAAACAUUGAUAAUAAUUAUAGCCAUGCAUCCUCCUUUCAUAAGAGCUCUUGGUAAACUUUUAAAAUCAUGUAAGUCUUCAUCGUUUGCAAUUUUAACCUUACAAAUACGUGUGAUUCUCAAAGAGGUAAGUAAUCAUUUCUUCCUGACCCGCACAUUAGUUGGGUUUUUCUUACAUGUUGCAAAAAUAAGAUUGGGCUCUAGGCGCCGCUGUUCACCAAUCAGGGAAUGGGAAGCUGCGAGCGCUCGAGUCCCUCCCUCCCCCACCUCUGCCACACAAAGCGGAAUGAGAUGGAUACUCACCGAGCCUGAUGCUGGAAUCUUAAAGCAUUUCCCUUCCUUCUCUAAUAUAUUUUGGAUGAUGACGGCCCGAAAUUCGUAGACACACAAACUGAUGCAGAAACAAACUGACGCAAGAAACCGCGGAAUAUUGGGCUCAGACACUGCCAUGGUUGAUCGGCUUCCGCGCCUGGACCGCGGCGGACUGGUCCUGCUGUGCAUUUUCCUGGGGACACUGCGGGAGUCCCGGGCAGGACAGAUCCGCUACUCCGUACCCGAAGAGACGGACAAAGGUUUCUUUGUGGGCAACAUCUCCAAGGACCUGGGGCUGGAGCCCAGGGAGCUGGCGGAGCGCGGAGUCCGCAUCGUCUCCAGAGGUAGGACGCAGCUUUUCGCUCUGAACCCGCGAAGCGGCAGCUUGAUCACAGCAGGCAGGAUAGACCGGGAGGAGCUCUGUGAGAUGGUUUCCGCCUGUCUUUUAAAUAUGGAGAUUCUUGCGGAAGACAUCUUGAAGAUUUAUGGAGUGGAGGUAGAAAUAAUGGAUAUUAAUGAUAACGCCCCCAGCUUCCGGGAAGAGGAAGUAGAGAUAAAAAUCAGUGAGCACGCAACUCCGGGAUUGCGAUUCCCCCUUCCUAAUGCUAAGGAUCCAGAUGUGGGCGUGAACUCCCUCCAGAGCUACCAGCUCAGCCCUAAUAGUUACUUCUCCUUGCACGUGCGAGGCGGAAGCGAUGGAGUCAAGAAUCCAGAGCUAGUGCUGGAACAGGCUCUGGACCGAGAGAAAGAGGCUGCUCACCUCCUCCUCCUUACAGCUUUAGAUGGAGGCGAUCCCAUCCGCAAGGGCGCUGUUCCCAUUCGGGUGGUGGUCCUCGACGUAAAUGACCACAUCCCAAAGUUUACACAGUCUGUGUAUCGAGUGAGUGUUCCUGAGAACCUCAGCUCCGGAACUCGGGUGCUCGUGGUAAACGCAACGGAUCCAGACGAAGGAGUCAAUGGGGAAGUGAUGUAUUCAUUCCGGAAUACAGAAAGCAAAGUUUCGGAAAUAUUCCAGUUGGAUUCUCGAACUGGAGAAGUCCUAAUACGAGGGUCUCUGGAUUAUGAGAAAUAUAGAUUCUAUGAGAUGGAAAUUCAAGGCCAAGAUGGUGGAGGUCUGGUGACCAUCGCUAAGCUGUUGAUCACUGUUGUAGAUGUAAAUGAUAAUGCUCCAGAAAUAACUAUUACCUCUUCUACUAAUUCAGUGCUGGAAAACUCUCCUCCAGGUACGGUAAUUGCUCUUCUUAACGUGCAAGAUCAAGACUCUGAAGAAAAUGGUCAGGUCUCCUGUUUCAUUCCUAAAAAUUUGCCUUUUAAGUUAGAAAAGACUUACGGAAAUUACUACAAGUUGAUAACAAGCAAAGCACUGGACAGGGAGCAGGUCCAGAGCUACAAUAUAACGAUGACAGCCACAGACCAGGGAAGUCCGCCUUUGUCUACAGAAACUCACAUCUCGUUGAAUGUGGCCGAUGACAACGAUAACGCGCCUGCUUUCCUUCACUCCACUUACUCAGCCUACAUUCCUGAAAACAAUCCUAGAGGCUCUUCCAUCUUCUCAGUGACAGCCCACGACCCGGACAGCAAAGAGAACGCCCGAGUUAUUUACUUUCUGGCCGAGGACACCAUCCAGGGGGCGCCUCUGUCUUCCUACAUUUCCAUCAAUUCCGACACUGGAGUCCUGUUCGCACUGCGUUCCUUCGACUAUGAGCAGUUCCACGACCUGCAGUUGUGGGUGACGGCACGCGACAGCGGGUACCCGCCGCUCAGCAGCAACGUGUCACUAAGCCUGUUCGUGCUGGACCAGAACGACAACGCACCGGAGAUCUUGUACCCCGCCCUUCCUAGCGACGGCUCCACUGGAGUGGAGUUGGCGCCCCGCUCUGCAGAGCCCGGCUACUUGGUGACCAAAGUGGUGGCUGUUGACCGUGACUCAGGUCAGAACGCCUGGUUGUCCUACCGCCUGCUCAAGGCCAGCGAGCCAGGGCUCUUCGCGGUGGGAGUGCACACGGGCGAGGUACGCACGGCGCGGGCCCUGCAGGACAGAGACGCGCUCAAGCAGAGCCUCGUGGUGGCCGUCCAGGACCACGGCCAGCCCCCUCUCUCGGCCACCGUCACGCUCACCGUGGCCGUGACCGACAGCAUCCCCGAUGUGCUGGCCGAUCUGGGCAGCCUAGAGUCUCCCGCCAACCCUGACGACUCCGGACUCACGCUGUACCUGGUGGUGGCUGUGACCACGGUUUCCUGCGUCUUCCUCGCCUUUGUCCUCGUGCUGCUGGCGCUCAGGCUGAGGCGCUGGCACUCAUCGCGCCUGCUCCAGGCUCCGGGAGAAGCGUUGACUGGCGCGCCUGCCUCGCACUUUGUGGGUGUGGACCGGGUGCAGGCCUUCCUGCAGACCUAUUCUCACGAGGUCUCCCUCACCGCGGACUCGCGGAAGAGUCACCUGAUCUUCCCUCAGCCCAACUACGCUGAUACGCUCAUCAGCCAGGAGAGCUAUGAGAAAAGCGAGCCACUCUUGGUAGCUGAAGACUUAGCUACCGGUUUAGGCAAAAGCGAUCCAACGAAUAAUCAGGUGAGAUUUAUUUCCCUGUCUCCCAAGUGCUGGCGUCUUGGCACAAGUCUUUCAAUUAGCUUUUUUCUGAUCCUGUUAUGAAAACUCUUUUUGGGGGGGUGGGCAUACUCAGUUUACACUACAUAUUUAGAGCAGUACAUGUGAGUUUAUGUACUUUCAUCAAACUACCAUCAUUUUUCAGAAAGGUUUGUGAAAGCCAUUUUUUUACUGGUGGUAUGUUUUUCUUUUGAUUCCAAAGGACUAGUUCAGCUAUCAUGGCUUACUUUGUAUUGAGUUUUAGUAUUAUUUUUCUAUUGUCAGUGUCUGUAGUUAUCAAUGUAAAGCUGAUUAUGAUACCAAAACUUAUUUUGUUCCCUAUAGUUGCCUGUACUGAUUUAGCAUUAUAUUCUAAAAUUAUCUGCUAUUCUAAUGUGCAGAUUUGACCCUAUUGCUUCCAUUGCAUGCUCUGUCUAGCUCUCUUUUAUAUAUAUCACACACACAUAUAUACACAAGUAUGCAUACACACAUACAUACAUCUACACACAGGAGCUUUUUCUGAGCACAAAACAAUUCUAUUCUGAUUCUUAAUGGCUGGUAAUAUGUUUAGAUCCUGUUGAGUAUUUCAGCUUUGUUUCGUUGCUUCAUGCUACCAAACCAGACAUAUUGACUGCCUUUUAAUUUAACGGGCUCUUGGAAGAGGAAAUAUAGAAUUCAUUUAUUUUCUUAAGUUCCAGACAUUUUAUUUUUCUACUGUGAAAUUGUUGGGUUGUUGUAAAGAAAUAAUUGAAUUGUUGAGCUGGUGUUACUUCCUUUUAUUCUUUUGCUUAUGUUGACUGUUUGUGUGUGUAUGUGUUGAGGGUUUUAAAAUCUAGUCAAUUCAUAUAUGUUGUUGUUAGGUGCCAUCAAGUCGG